AAAAACGUUUUGACAGCAGUUAGUGCGGCACUGGGGUUGAAACUGAACAAAAACGAAUUCGCUACUUGAUGUCUCAUUGGUUUUUGUCGUUUUUGUAUUGAAACAUUAAUCACAGUAAUUAUGCGUAAAUUUAUUCAACUUUGACAACCUGUUGUGCGUUUGUUCGGGAUUUGUGUAUUGACUUUUGGGAGAGUUAAUUAGUAACAAACACUCGGUGAAAAACCUGAACGAAACAAUAAUAAUGAGCUCGUUAUAACAGCAGUUUUAUGUUUACGCUUCGUACAGUGAUUAUAUAUCGUACAGUGAUUAUAUAUCGUACAGUAGAAAGUAUAUUUCAAGUUGGUCACAAUAUAGAUAUUUGCCAAAACAGUUCGAAAACCGCAACAAACCAAUAGAUACAUGAACGGACUUUAUUUGAAAUAUUCUAUUUCAUAUUGGCAGAUGUCGUGAAACCAACUAGAAUGUGGCGAAGGAGUGUUCUGCUUCUUAUAGGGUUAUAUCUUGAAAAUGGAACAGCACAGCUUCUGGACUCAAGAUGUUAUUUGGCUGAAGGAGGUUCGACGGAAAGUUUCCUGGCUAAUGAAGACGUUGCCGUUGGAUCUCUACUUGGAACCUUGAGUGUUAAUGGUGAUCCUCAAAAUGACAUAGUUUUAUCGCUACGUGAAAAAGAUGCACCAGUGAGCAUAAUACCAAAUUCGAAAAAUUUGGUAUUAAGCAAACCGCUAGAUAAAGAAGGAAUCGAAGGCCCCGCAUCAGUGUACGUGAAUGUCAUUUGUGAGAGGCGAUCAACCAAUGAUCCGAGUUUCGUUAUUCCUGUUAAUAUACGGGUCAUAGAUGUUAAUGAUAAUUCACCUCGCUGGAGUGGUGCCCCGUAUGCAGUCAAUGUUUCCGAAGUAACAAUAAUAGGAACAAGAAUAUUACAGGGGGUUCGAGCGAAAGAUUCUGAUCAACCUGGACCUUAUUCUACUAUCGAAUAUCAAGUCCUUCCUGGACCGCAUGCAAAGUUUAUUUCAUUCAUUUCACCCCUCGAGGGUACCCUAGUGUUAAAACAUGAAUUAAAUUAUGAAACCACAAAUAACCUCACGAUAAAACUACGCGCACAAGAUCAAGGGGUUCCUCCAAGGUUUGCUGAUACAACAUUAACCAUAAAUGUAUUAGAUGCAGAUGACCAGAACCCUAGAUUUAAUCAGGAUGUUUAUUAUGGAUUUUUCGAGGCUAAUCAGGUUGAUUCUAUUAUAACUUUGCACCCUGAACAUAUAAAGGCAAUCGAUCAAGAUUUCGGGAUAAACGCCUCAUUGCUGUAUUCAAUUGUUCCAUCAUCUCUGUCAGAUUAUUUUGCAAUAGAUCCCUACAGCGGGACUUUAAAAGUUCAGGGCCAUCAAAAUACUACCGGUAAUAUCACAUUGGUUAUAAAGGCAACACAGUCAGAUAAUUCGGACCGAUAUGCUCUGAGUACGGUAAUACUUUCACAAAAAGUUUCGGAAGAAAACCCCGAAACAGUGUUUCUUACGUCGAGAUAUAAAAUGAAUGUGAAAGAAAAUUAUGCUGUCGGUAGUAUACUAAAAAACCUUGGAGUACAUCCACACGGUAAUCAACAAGCAUCGAACGUAAAGUAUAAAAUUUUAAACGAAACAGAGCUACAUUGGUUCUCAGUUGAUAACAACGGAAACAUCAAGCUCAAUGGAAGAUUAGAUUAUGAAUCAAAACAUUUACAUGCAUUUACAGUCGAAAUAAAUGACGGAAUCAACAAGAGUUAUGUAGAAAUGAGAAUAGAAGUAAGCGAUGUUAAUGACUGGGAACCGAGGUUCAGGAAACCACGCUAUGGUUUUAGAAUAGUCAACAAUGGAAAUAUGACCCUUCCUGCAAUGAUUGGCAUAGUAGAAGCCGCAGAUGGCGACAUUAAUGAUAGAAUAACAUACACCCUUCUUGGAGAACAGUCAGAUGUAUUUUAUAUAGAUUCCAAAGGUGGACUAUGGCUAAGACAAAAUAUCACUGAGACAAAAGAAUUCCAUCUUUAUAUUGUCGCAACUGACUCUGGUGUUCCUCCAAGAACUACGAUGGUUCCUUUAUUCAUUGAUUUUCUUGAUACAAAAAAGUCAGUUCCAAAAUGGAAUCCUAGUGUUGUUAGUGGUAUUGGAGGGGUCAGCCUUCUGCUCUUAGUGGGUAUCAUAGCCACACUUGAUUAUAUGCGAAGGCAUAAGAAAAGAGACAAAAGCAACUCUUCCGUUUUAAUCGACAACAAUGUUAUACCGUCGUCUGUGAACCAUGACUAUAUGCGUGACUCCUGUAGCUCAGUUAGUGCAAGUGCUUCCACCAUACUUGCGGCCAGCUUGGAUAUGGAACAUGAAUCGUACGCUACAACGAUUAAAGAUAUUAUCUGCCGAACACAAAACAGCAAUAUUCCUAACCAUCGAAGUAAUGACUCAAAACAGGACUCCAGGUUGGAUUCGGGCAUUGGACCUAUUCAAAGCAAUCAUGAAAAGAUUCAAUAUGACAGCGAACAAAGUGGAAGAUGUUACUUGACUGUAUAUUUUUGAACAUUGUUACAUUUGCUUGCAUUAAAUUUAUAUAAAUUAGCUUAGGUUUAGAGAAAUUUUGUAAUAAAAUCAGUACAAUAUA